AUGGACCUGGUCAUUACUCAGGAGCUGGCCCGCGCUGAGAGCCACCAGGGUGGGCGGGGACCCGGAUUCCGAGAGCCUUCCGGACCCUGGGGACCCCCCUCCCUCCACCCCCAGGAGCGGCCCAGGCCCCUCUGGGACCCUCCUGACUGCCCCUCGCUGCUCAGUGCUCACCAGCCUUCCUCAACGCUUGUCCUGACAGAUGCCACCUCCCUGAAGAGAGCGUACGAGUUGAUUAAGUCCGCCAACCUGGGGAAAUCCGAGUUUGACCCGACCGAGAGCUUCAGCCCCGACCUGUUCGUUCUGUGCGCCGAACAGGCCCUGAAGAUGGGGCAGCCAGAGGUGAGCGAGGACUGCAUCCAGAUGUACUUCAAGGCGAAGGGGCCGGUCACCCAUUUUCUGGGCCGAGCGCACCUGUGCAGGGCCCAGCUGUGUGCCCCCAAGUCCACCGAAAAUCUGGAGGAGUUUGAGAAUUGCGUGACUCAGUACAUGAAAGCGAUCAACUUUGCAAAAGGAGAACCUAGGUAUUACUUCUUGGUCUAUAACGCCUCGGUCCUCUACUGGCAAAUGGUGAGGCCCUUUCUCAAGCCCGGGUAUUACCAGUAUGUGAUCCCCAGCCUCUCCCAGAUCGUGAGCGUGUUAAACCAGACGGAGGAGGAGGACAAGGACUGGCAGGCGGAGCUGAUGCUGGAGCUUCUGGAGUGUUACCUACAAGCUGGAAGGAAGGAGGAGGCCGCGAAGCUUUGUCCCACAGCAGCGCCGUUCAUAAAAGAGCACGCGCCGCACAGAUACCAGCAGAUGUUUUCUGUGAUGGUACGUCAUGAAUUGAUGGACGAGCGUCAGUUACAGGAAGAAAAGAAACGUUCCAUUAACCUGGCCAUCACUUUCCACAUUAACUUUCUAAAACAAAAAUUGGAUAAGAAUGAUUUACCUGAAGAUGCCAACAAAAUUCUGAAGAGCACCUAUAAACAGUUAGAUCUCUAUAAUCACCAGAGCCCGCCUUCGACGGAAGAGGAAAAAUUCUUCCUGCUUUUUGAAUUAGCUCAUCUUUCUCUGACCUUGAAAUGUGAGGAUGUUGCCGUCAGCUGCCUCUCAGACCUGAAGGACAUUGUCAGCAAAGACCCUGGGAAGCUGAUCGAGAUUGAGUGCUUGGAGUAUGAAUUAGAAGCUCUAAGGCUCGAAAGUAAAAUUAAAAUCUACAUUCGAGUGGCUGUGGAGACCCAGCUGAAUAUCAUACAGAGACUGGACGUCGUGCUGCAGCGAGCCAUCCGCCUGGGCGACCCCCAGGUCAUCCACGUGGUGUGCACCACGCAGUGGAACCUGUGUCUCCCGCUGCUGCAGCACAACCUGCGGCACCACCUGCGCAAGCCGCUGACCAACAUCGCGGAGAUCCUGGAGAAGAUGGACAGCCUCAUGGUCCUGCUUCGGUGCCAAGUGCACAUGGAGAUGGCGCGCAUCGAGGAGGGCGAGGACCGCCUGGAGCCCGCCAUGGAGCACCUGCAGAAGGCCAUGCGCCUGGAUGGCCAGGGCCGGUACCAGGAGAAGCUCAAGAUGGCAUUCAACCGGCUGCGCCUCUGCUCCAUGCUGUACCAGUCCCCCGAGCGUGCCGAGGACAAGGCCAUCAUGGCCAUCGAGCAGGCAAAGAAAGCCAUGCCCAAAGACAGCGUCCGGAAGAAGAGGGCCCUCCUGGUGAACGCGGGCCUGGCCCUGGCCCCCGACACCUUCCAGAUCGUGCUCGACAGCGAGAACGAGACCAAAGUUUCCAUCGGGAGAAACAGGGGCCGGUUCACCGCCCUCUACGCCAAAGCGCGGCACCACAUCCUCAGCGUGGAGAAAGCCUCCGGGCACUUGCGGCGCCUGGGGAGUGAGAAUGAAAAGGAGCGAGUACUGAUUUGGGCAGAGCUGGCCAAGGUUGCCCGGAAGCAAGGUGUAUGGGAUGUUUGCCGGACAGCCAGCCGCUUCUGCCUCCUGUACGACAGCGUCAAGGUGAAGAAGAUGGCGCGGGCGAAGAAAGGAAGGAAGAAGCGGGGCACGGACAGCUCGUUAGAUGCCAAGGCCCACUCGCAGGUCCUGCUGCAGCGGCCGGGGUCCCCCAGCCUGCUGCGGAAGUUCGCGGAGGUGGGGUUCAUCAGCGCCGAGGCCACUGUCCACUUGCUCCAGUCAGAGGGUGUGGAGCUCAAUGACCAUCCCAAACCCACCGAGAACCUGAGCCAGCACCCGACAGGCUACGUGCUCGAGUCCCCCGAGGAAAACUCAGAGUGGAACACGUACAAGAGCUGGAUCGAGAGCCUGUCGCAGUACGCCAUGAACAGCUGGCUGCGGUCUGCAGAGAUCGGACAGGAGAUCCAGGAGGCCUGGAUCGUGCAGAACGCGAUGGUGUACGUCCUGAACCACAACCACCAUCUCAUCAUGGCCGGGCGGCAGAAGGAGCUGGUGGACGCCUUGUACCACCUCCUGACCAUCGUCAAGGCCGUCGGCCACAACGGCGACCCCGUCACGUUGGCGAUGCUCUGCAACGCUUUGGCUCGAGGCCUAAUUAUCAGCUGGAUCCCGACCCAGGUGCCAGAAAAAUCUAGAAAAGUCAUUCGACCAAAUACGUCACACACACCACUGGACUCGGGAGCCAUCUCUGAAAUCAAAACGGCGGUGGAGGUCUGCGAGUUUGCCCUGACCCUGACCAAUGGGGCGGUGCCCGAGGAGGUCGUGCCCAUCGAAGCCCGGCAGCAGCUCAUCGCCACCUGGGUGAAGGCCAAGCAGCUGCUGCAGCAGCAGAUCGGGACGAGGCUGGGCACGGAGGAGCAGGGCACCAACGAGGACAUCAACGCCGUGACCAGAAUCCUUGUCGCCCUGGAGAUGUAUUCCUGCAACGGGCUGGGCCUCAUGGACUUCACCGUGCCCUCCUUGGCUAACCUGCUGAAGAUGGUCUCCGAGUGCAACUGGACGGACCCCCUGGUGCAGCUGCAGACGCUGGCCCGCCUGAGCCACUUUGCCUACACAGCCCACGACCACGAGGUCACCAUGGUGUGCUCGCAGAAGGCCAUCCAGAUGGGCAUCAAGUACCUGAGGGUGUUAAAUCCGGUCCAGGCUCAGCUGGUGGCGGAAAUGCUGAGUGCCAGUGCCUGCAUCCAGGGCAGGAGCGUCAUGGAGAACCUGAAGGGACGGAAGCAGCUGCGCCUGUCGGCCAGCACGGCCUUCUUCGAGAGCGUGAGGUUUGGGGGCAUGGCGCAGAGCAGCGCCCUGGUGAUGCUGGCCGCACGGCACUACUGGAACACCCAGCUCCCGCUCCUGUCCUCCGCGGCCAACAGGAAGAAAGCCAGGCACAUCAUUCAGAGGAUCGUCAACAUCAUCAACAAGACGGAGACCAAACCCCAGGAGAAAGGAGACGUGCAGCUCCUGCACCAGUGGCCGACCGCGGACCUGCAGAGCGGAGGCACCUCCGAGGGCUCCUUCCUCCCAGAGGCCGAUGAUGACCUGUCCCUGCGGGCCGCGCUCUACGGGCUGCUGUUCCACUGCCACGCCGACCAUGAGGACUGGGAGGGCGGCCUGAAGGUGCUGGACGAGGCCGUGCAGAUACUGCCUCGGACCGCGCACCGCCUCUUGAUUUUCAAGCAUAUGGUCCUCGUGAAGGCCAAACUUGGCCAGAAUUUUACAAUGGAAAUACAGAAGUUUAAAGAUGAGAGUGAAGAUUACUUGGCCCACAUGUGGCACCGCCUGGCCUUGAACUCAAAGAACGUCUACGGAGAGUUGACCUGCUAUCAGAACGCAAUCCAGGCCUUGCAGAAGCCGGAGAGCGCGUGGCACAAGGUCGACUACAUCAUGGAGUUCAGCGAGUGGCUGUAUUACCAGCAGUUCCCCAUCGAGGACGUGACCUUCCACCUGAACUGGGCCAUCGACAUCCUUCUGGGGAUGAAACCUUCCAGGGACACACCUGAGCCCACAGUCGGGGCGCCCUCUCUUCCAGGAGAGCCCCCGUUCACGCAGGAGGCCCCGGAGAGCGGGUCUGAGCACUUGGGGACGGUCUUCCUGGAGAAGCUGCGGAACGUGCGGCAGCUGGAGGCGCUGGCCCGCGCCCACAUCCUGCUGGCCCUGCUGGGCACCCCGGGCGCCGCCGGCUACCAGGACUACUGCCUCAUGGCCUACUCCUUCCUCCGGCACAUCUGGCAGGUUUCUUUAUUAACAGCAGGAAAGUCGUUCUCAGAAAGUAAAAUCCUAGCAACAGCUAGUUCCAAUCUGUUGCUUAAAAAAGAGAAGGAGAAGGUCAAGGACAAGGACCGAGAGAAGAGCAAAGACCCGAAGCAGAUUCAAAUCCCGCUUUCCGGCAAAGAGGUGGAAGAGCCCCCCGCGAGCGUGGAGGCGUGGGCUUCCUACUUCUGCCCCGAAGAGGUGAUGGCUUUCUUCCGACAGGACAGGAGCAACUUUACCGUGAACACAUCCAGCAUCCAGAGGCCGACGUACACUUUGUAUUUUCUGGACCAUCUGGUCAAGGCCCUGCAGAAGAUGUCCCUCCAUGAGCUCACGAUCCCGGUCCUGCAGUUGGGUGUCCUGAUUUCAGCUUGCGUGGUGGACAGCAAGAGCCUCAAAGAUCUCUACCACCUCCGGCUCGCCCUGGUCUGCUCCGACCUGAAGCUGAGAGAAGCAGCUGCCCUGCACGAGGACGCGGUGGGGCAGGUCUACAUCGGGGACUCGGAGCAGUCCAGCUGCAGAAAGGAGAUUGCCCUGAGGAAGGAGAAGACCAGGGAGCCGUUGCUGGAAGAAAGCCUGCAGACGCUGACCGAGCCCCUGCCUGCCGGGCCGCCAGGGGAGAUACGGCCCCUCGUGGCGAAGGACCAGAUUCUGAAGAUGAACGGAGAGACGGGGCGAGGCCUGGAAGGCACGUCCUUUCCCCUCCUGUGGACCCUCAAAGCGGAAGUUCUGCUUGACAUGGAUUCCUACCAGCCCGCGCGGCUGCUCCUGUCCGAGGCGCAGCAGGCCUUCCAGGAGCUUAAGGAUCCUUGUGCAGAAGCCAAAUGCCUGCAGCUGCUGGCCCAGUUGGCCAACAAGGAGAAAAACUACGGCCAAGCCAGGAAGAUGAUUGAGCUUGCGCAGCGCCUGGGCGGCGGCGAGGAGUUCUGGUACCAGUCCACGCUGACUCUGGCAGACACGCUCUUGUCCACGGAAAAGGAAGGGAAAGAAGUGAUGGCCUGCCAGCUGUUCCAGAGGCUCAUCGAGGUCUUCAAGGUGCUCAAGAAACAACGACCCAACCGCGCGCCCGUCCUGGAAUUCAUGACCACAGACCUGGAGGCCAGGAGCUUGAACCUCCGGAUACGAGUCGCCCAGGAGUCGAUGGGCAGCGAAUCGUCUGAAUUCCCGUUUUUGCUGAGCGAGCUGUAUGAUCAAUUGUUGGAAAUUGAGGAGAAGUUUGUCAACUGUGGCUACAAAGAGAACUGUGUGGACAUAAAGCUGGAGCGGGGGAAGAUAAAGAGGCUGUGUGCCCAAAUGGAGCCGGACGAGGACCAGAGGACCACGUACUACCUGGAGGCCUACGACGUGGCGCAGAGCGCCGUGGCCCAGGAGGAGGAGCUGUUGCACAGUGUCCAGAGCCUCCUGGCCCUUCAAGACUUACAGCACGUCAACACGCCCCUGGCGAGGAAGCUGGCGCACCUCAAGCUGGACCUGGUGGACGUGUACCUGGACAUGUUUCAGCUGAUCUGGGAGGAGCCCCUGGAGCACGAGCUGCGGCAGGACUCCAUGGAGAAGCUGCUGGCCGACUACCUGCAGAGCGUGAGCGACCUGACCACCACCGGCCUGAGAUGGUUCACGCUGAAGCGGAUCCUGGCCCACGUGGCGCUGGCGCAGCUGGGGAGCCUGCAGCCGCUGAGCGUCAGCUGUGUGGAGAUCCGCGCGCGGCUCCUGGGCCUGGUGGGCAGGGCCUUGCGCCUGCUGGCCAUGCAGGCGGAUCCCGUGCGCCCCAUAUUCUACUGGGAGGAGAGCCUCCUGAUGGGAACAGAGCACAGCAGCCUCAAGUAUCUGGUGAUAACCCCGGACGAGGUGGACAGCGAUGAGCAUGGCAGCAGCCAGCCAGCCUCCAGGACGGUCCCUGAGGAACGGAGCAGGAAAAGCUCAGAGCUGAAGAGGAGGAAGGUGCUGGCCCAGCAGUACCUGGCCCAGGCGACUGAGGUGUUGCUGCAGUGCCUGCAGGUCGCCCUGGGCAACAGCCUUCUGGAGGUUGCCAGGGCCGCCAGCCUGGAGAUGGUGGAGUGCAUUGGCACCCUGGACCCCACGGCCACCUGCCAGUUCCUGAUGCUGUCUCAGAGCUGCUCAGUCUCAGAGAUGAUGCGGGGCGUCCUGCUCUCGGCCACGGCCAACACCAGCAGUUCGCAGCUGGCGGCCCUGCUGCACCUGGAGGACAGGCUGAAGCGCCAGCAGCGGACCUCCACCAGCCAGUUUGCCGGUGUGGAGCAGAGGCUGGCUGCCAUUUCCAAGGCGUGGCAGAACCUCUCGGUCACUGAACAACAUUUUAACCACUUAAAUGAGAUCCCUCCCACUUUUCGGAUCCUCUCUCUGCACCACUCCCCUGACAGGACCCAUCUGUAUGGUGCUGUCUAUGAGAAACCCAAGUUCAUCCCCACAGCCAAAGGGAAGCUGGUCCAAGUCGGGGAUGCCUGCAGGGUGGCGCGGGUGGCUGUGAGCCCGGCCGCCUUGUCUGGCCUGGUGGCCAGCGCCCAGCAGUUCCGGGAGCAGAGCCAGGCUGAGGUGUGCAGCAGGGACAGAGCCUUGAUCUUCGGCCUGAAAUCAGGAGGCGUGAACCCUGAGAGGCAGAGGUACCCUCUCCUGAGGCUCAGCGACAUCCUGAAGGCCACGGAGGACUACCUGCACCCGCUGCUCUCGCUGCUCCGCAGCCCUGAGCCCAGAAUCCACAUUUCGUCAACCAUUGGGGACUUGGGGAAAGCAAAGCCCAAAGACAAGGAUCGGAAGCAGUCCAUCGUCCCAGGGUUGGCCACGCCGGCAGGUAGCUUCCUCCCGCCCCCAGUGGAGCCCGAGGCCGUGGACACCGUGGUCCUCAUUGUGGACAGGCCGCUCCUGGAGCUGCCCCUGGAGGGCCUGCUGGUGCUCCGCGAGGGGGCCAUCUCCUCCGUGUCCCGGGAGUUCUCCCUGCAGAUGUUCUACAACCACCUCCACCAGGAGGAGGCAGACCGGACCACGAAAAAGGGCUCCAAAGGCAAAGAGUUAAAGAGGAGAGGCCCAGGGAAGAAGAGCCGGAAGGGCAGCGCUCCCCGAGUCAUCCCUCCCGACGCCAUCUUAGUCGACGCGGACAACUUCAGGUACGUCGUGGACCCCUUCGAGGAGGCCCAGGGCCCAGGAACAUGGCUGCCUGUCUCCGUAACCCGGGAAAUUUUGGAUAAAUACAAAGACUCGUUCACCGCGCGAUGGGUGGGACAUCUGGGAAAAAAGCUCUUUCCAAGCCAGGCCGAGUGGGAGCAGCUGCUGGGCCGCUGCGAGGGCUUCUUCUUCUACGGGAUGGAGAACUUCCUGUCCCACCUGUCGGUGGAAAGGUUGGCUGCCAUGAACUUGGAAGACUGCCGGCUGAUGGUCCUGCUGGACCUGAGCCGGUCCUACGAGAGCAUGCGGCGGACGCUGGAGUCCUCGGAGCACAAGAGUGUCCCCCAGCUGGCCCUGGAGGAGCCCAUCGAGACGGCCAUCCUGCUGAGCCUGGUGGGGGUCAAGAGCAUCCUGGCGAACCAGUGGCCGACAACCCUGCAGGACAACGCGCUGAGGGCCAACGUCCUGUGGGAAAAUCUGCUGGCAUUUGGCAAGACAACCGGGAAAGUGGCCCGUCUCCUUCAGAGGAUGGAAGCUGGUGAAAUGGUCAGCCACGACGAGUCUCCACAGACCCCCAAGAACAGGCUGAUGUUCCGACCACAGCUGCACGGCCCUGAGUGGCCCUCCAUCAGCCUCAACCUGGUCCUGUACGGGCUGCCGAACCAGGCCAUCGUGUGAUGCUCCCGUCCCGCCCGCUGCGCCCCUGCACGCCCGCCCUGGGGCCCUCCUGCUGGUCUGAGUACCUCCCCUUCGGCCACCCCCCCCCCCCCCCGCCACCUGCCUCCUCCACCAUCAUCCGGGGCCCUCCCAGGGUCUGCCUGCACCUCUGCACCGGGACCCUCAUGGAAUGGGAGGACCCAGGAGGGGCCCGGCAGGCAGGUGGGGUGAGGGCUGCACCGGGGGCCACCCCAGGCUGCCUGGACCCCUGAACCCACCCUGCCCUGUCGAGGGGGCGCAUCUCUCCCCGGGGACCCGGCGGAGGGGUGGUCUCCAGCCCCAUGAGCCGUCAGCAGCAGGGGUGCCCUCCGGAGACUGUUUCUGGCCGAUGUCCCUGGGACGAGGCUGGUGGUCCUGGGGGGGCCGUGCCGGUUCCGAGACAAGGAACACUGCUGGGCCCUUUUGUUGUCCAUGUAAGAGCUUCAGUAAAGGACGGAACCCAG